GGGACACAGUACCACUAAUUUCGCGAAGAGCCCGAAAUCUUCAAAUCCCCUUCUGCCCUUUCGGAUUUUCCCCUCCUGCAAUUCACCAAGCGAUCCCUCUAUACUCUCCGCCAUGAAACGCCCCCUUGACGACUCCUCCACCACUACCGCCGCCACCGCCGCGGCAACUACUGCCAAACCCGUUUUCUUAACCAAAGCCCAGCGCGAAGAACUCGCUCUCAAACGCCGUCAAGAAGAAAUCGCCCAACAAAAACGUCGCCAAGAGCAGCUCCUUGCCCAGGCACAAAACUCCACCAGACCCACCUCCGAUUCCCGCGAUUCUCGCGACCGCGACCGUGACCGUGACCGUGACCGCCAUCGGCGAGAGAGGGAGCGUGAAGAAGAGGCGAAAGCGAGGGAGCGGGCCAGAAUGGAGAAGACAAAUGAGCGUGAAAGGGAGAAGGAAUUGGAGGCGAUUAAGCAGCAGUAUUUGGGAUCGAAGAAGCCUAAAAAGAGAGUUAUAAAGCCGAGUGAGAAGUUUAGGUUUUCGUUUGAUUGGGAAAACACUGAAGAUACUUCACGGGAUAUGAAUAUUUUGUAUCAAAACCCUCACGAAGCUCAGCUUUUGUUUGGGAGAGGGUUUCGAGCGGGGAUGGAUCGGAGAGAGCAGAAGAAGUUGGCAGCGAAGAACGAGAAGGAAAUGAGAGAAGAGAUUAGGAAGAAGGAGGGGGUUGAGGAGAGGCCAGAGGAGGCGGCGGCUCAGAGGCUCAAGGAAGAAGCUGCUGAUUUAUAUGAUACUUUUGAUAUGAGAGUUGAUCGACAUUGGUCAGAGAAGAUGCUUGAGGAAAUGACUGAGAGAGAUUGGAGAAUUUUUAGGGAAGAUUUUAAUAUUUCAUAUAAAGGGUCAAAGAUUCCGAGGCCAAUGAGGAAUUGGGUGGAGAGUAAAUUGAGCCCUGAGUUAUUAAAAGCUGUGGAGAGAGCUGGGUAUAAGUCGCCUUCCCCGAUUCAAAUGGCGGCCAUUCCGCUUGGUUUGCAGCAAAGGGAUGUUAUUGGCAUUGCCGAGACUGGUUCUGGUAAGACUGCUGCUUUUGUAUUGCCUAUGUUGACAUACAUAUCUAGAUUACCGCCUAUGAGUGAGGAGAAUGAGGCAGAGGGGCCUUAUGCUGUUGUGAUGGCUCCUACUCGUGAGCUUGCGCAACAGAUUGAGGAUGAGACAGUGAAGUUUGCACAUUAUUUGGGGAUUAAGGUGGUUUCGAUUGUUGGUGGGCAGUCUAUUGAGGAACAAGGGUUUAGGAUUAGGCAAGGUUGUGAGGUUGUGAUUGCCACGCCAGGUCGUUUGAUUGAUUGUUUGGAGAGGAGAUAUGCGGUUUUGAAUCAGUGUAACUAUGUGGUUCUUGAUGAGGCUGAUAGGAUGAUUGAUAUGGGUUUUGAGCCCCAGGUUGUGGGUGUGUUGGAUGCAAUGCCUUCUAGUAAUUUGAAACCAGAGAAUGAAGAUGAGGAACUUGAUGAGAAAAAGAUAUAUAGAACUACUUAUAUGUUUAGUGCUACUAUGCCUCCUGCUGUAGAGCGUCUUGCAAGGAAAUACUUGAGGAAUCCUGUGGUGGUUACCAUCGGCACUGCUGGAAAGACUACCGAUUUGAUAUCUCAGCAUGUGAUGAUGAUGAAAGGAUCAGAGAAAUUUCCCAGGUUGCAGAGACUGCUUGAUGAUCUUGCAGAUAAGACAGCAAUUGUGUUUGUUAACACCAAAAAGAAUGCGGAUACGGUUGCCAAGAAUCUAGAUAAGGCGGGCUAUCGUGUGACUACUUUGCAUGGUGGGAAGUCCCAGGAGCAGAGAGAAAUUAGCCUGGAGGGUUUUAGGACCAAGAGAUACAAUGUCCUUGUUGCGACCGAUGUUGCGGGGCGUGGGAUUGAUAUACCUGAUGUGGCUCAUGUUAUCAAUUAUGACAUGCCCGGGAAUAUUGAAAUGUACACUCAUCGUAUUGGACGAACAGGCCGUGCUGGAAAGACUGGUGUGGCUACCACUUUCUUGACUCUUCAUGAUACUGAUGUCUUUUAUGAUCUCAAGCAGAUGCUUAUCCAGAGUAACAGUCCAGUCCCUCCCGAAUUGGCAAAACAUGAGGCUUCGAAAUUCAAGCCAGGAACAAUUCCAGAUAGACCUCCUAGACGCAAUGACACUGUUUUUACUCAUUGAAGUAUAUGUAGAUCUGUGAGACACUUCCAUAUAGAGCUCACUCCUACUUUUUUGGCCCUAUCAUGAUCUUUAGUAGUUAAAUUAUCUUUACUCACUGCAAUUGGAAACUUAUGAUCUAGAAUUUGAUUAUUACAAUAUCUGUUUUAACAGUGGUAAUGUCUUUAACUUAUUUGCACCGCAGUGUAGCUGCUGCUUACUGAUUUUUCAAUUUGAAGAUUUUCUUGUUAAUGUCAGUUAAAGGGGUUUUAUUUGUCCUCUUCUUUU